AUGCAGUCCAUCCCACCCGAUGAGGAGCUGCCUGAAGUCCAGAAGUCACGAGGCAAACGGAAGAGACUGGAAAACGAGACGUCUAUGGCAGUAAAAGGUAGGACAGCCGCUGUAAUACCAGCAGACGACACAUCAAACACUGAAGAUACCGCCCCCACCGACAACCCGAGAACCACCAAAUCCAAGAAACGGACAGCACCAAAGAAGGCCGGAUCAAGUCUGAAUCGCGCGGAUAGCGCAGCAUCCGUUGUAACUUGCAAGAUGGAGUGGCCCGAACGCUUCAGAGCACUGGAAAAGACGCAUCGUGCCCUCAACCUUGUGUUUACCUUUUGCUGCACCCGCAAGCACCUUGCCACCACCUUUGACACGAUCAAGUCCGCGGUGGAAUCACACACUAAAACGUCCCUUACGAUUGAGGAUGUUGCAGCCAUUAUCUCUAUUCGCCCCGAGGGCGUCAAUUUUGCCUAUGUCGACGAGAUCAUGCUGCAAACAGAAGUCCGAGGUGCCGAGCGGGACGUGGUGUUCAAGAAAGGGCGAGAUUUUCUCUCGCAGGCACCCGCGCCCGAUGCCUCCGUUGGAGGGAUCUCGGGCCUAGAUAAAUUGGAUCAUCACCCUGACGACCCUGUUGAAGGGGGAAGGGAAGUGUUGUAUUUCGAGUUCGUGGACGGAGACCUAAAACGGCAGGUCAGGGACAAGAAGACGGGCGAGAUCACCAAGCCCAACAGGAAGUUGAGAGACGAGACCCUUAAGAUGCCCGUCUACAGCCAAAAGCAGAUGACAAACUUAAUUGAGCGGCGGAACCAAAAGUUCGGCGACGCCGUUAGCCUGUUCCUCAACCAAUGCGUAGUGGAGGGUGUGGAUCCCGAGCUGAAGUUGGCAAGAGCGACUGAGGCUCACAUCCCACUGCCGACGAUGCCAGAGCCACUGGACAAGAAACUCGGGGCAUUACCGGGAUCGAUCCCGACAGAGCGCAAGAGCAUUCCCGAAAUCGUCCAGGAGCUCAAGGACAGUCCCUGGUACACGGGACAGAUCGUCCCUGAUGGGCAUCGCGUGUUCCAGCCGCAGGAGCCCGUCUACGGUGACCUUAACUUCCUUCUCAGCCAGGAUCUUGUUAACGCACUGUACAAUUCCAAGGGGAUAACCCAGUUCUUUGCGCAUCAGACGGAAGCCAUCAAUGGUCUGCUGGAGGGUCAGCAUGUCGUUGUUUCCACAUCGACAAGCUCUGGCAAGUCCCUCAUCUACCAGCUCCCCGUGAUCCAUGCUUUGGAAAAGGAUCGGAACACCCGAGCAAUGUACAUUUUCCCCACGAAAGCUUUGGCGCAGGACCAGAAACGAAGCUUGAGGGAGCUGAUGAGUUACAUGCCCGGCAUGGAGGAGGUGCUCGUUGAGACUUUCGAUGGCGACACCCCGAUGAAUGAGCGAAACAUGAUCCGGGAAGAGGCGAGGAUCAUCUUCACCAACCCGGACAUGCUCCAUAUAACCAUUCUCCCGCAGGAGGAGAGGUGGAGGACGUUUCUGAAGAACCUAAAAUAUGUCGUGGUGGAUGAGUUGCAUUACUACAACGGGCAGAUGGGCUCGCAUAUGGCCUUCAUCAUGAGGAGACUGCGACGAAUAUGCGCUGCUGUGGGCAACCGACACAUCAAAUUCAUUUCUUGUUCGGCAACAGUGGCCAACCCAAAGCAGCACUUUGAGACCAUUUUCGGCAUAGAGAACGUGCGGCUAGUGGACUUUGAUGGUUCUCCAUCAGGCCGCAAAGAGUUUCUGUGCUGGAAUACGCCGUACAAAGACCCUGGGGAUCCAGCGAGUGGCAGAGGCGACGCAAUGUUCGAAUGUGCCCGUCUCUUCUGUCAGCUCAUGCUCAGAGGCGUCCGAAUCAUUGCCUUCACCAGGGUCAGAGAACAGUGUGAGAAACUGGUCACCGCUGUACAACAGGAACUCGAGUCUCUUGGAAGACCAGAAUGCGUCAAUAGAGUCAUGGGCUACAGGGGCGGCUACACCGCCCAAGACCGGCGGAGAAUCGAGUCGGAGAUGUUUGAAGGUAAACUCUUGGGUAUUGUCGCGACUACUGCGCUGGAGCUGGGCAUCGACAUCGGAACCCUGGACUGCGUGCUGACCUGGGGGUUCCCAUACACCAUAGCCAACUUGCGUCAACAGAGCGGCCGGGCCGGACGAAGGAACAAAGACUCACUGUCGAUCUUAGUUGGGGACUGUUUCGCUACAGACCAACAUUACAUGCAAAAUCCCGACGAGCUCUUCUCGAAGCCAAAUUGUGAGCUUCAGGUCGACCUAGAGAACAUGCUGGUGCGGGAGGGACACAUUCAAUGUGCCGCAUUCGAAAUGCCAGUGAGGCCAGUUGAGGAUGCAGAGUAUUUCGGCAAGGACUUACCUCGGAUAUGCGAAGAGAGGCUUCUCAAGGACGCUUUGGGCUUCUACCAUUGUCACGACCGAUUUCGACCCAUCCCUUCGAGAUUUGUUGCCAUUCGCGAUACCGAGGAUGACUACUUUGCCAUCAUCGACAUUACUCAUGGAAGGAACGAGGUCUUGGAGGAACUAGAAGCUUCGAGGGCGACGUUUACGAUCUACGACGGCGCUAUUUUCCUGCACCAGGGAAAUAAGUACCUCGUCAGAGAUUUUCAGCCCGACAAGAUGAUGGCACGAGUGGAAAGAGUCAAGGUCGAGUGGACCACGACGCAACGAGAUUUCACCGAUAUCGACCCGAUCGAGACGGAGGCCAUCAGAAAGAUCUCCGGGUCCCUGUCCAGGGCGUUUUACGGAACGAUCAAGAUCCAACAGAACGUGUACGGAUUCUUCAAGGUCGACAAGAAGAAGCGCGUACUCGACGCUGUACACGUGGACAACCCUCCCGUCAUCAGGUACGGCAAGGGGAUGUGGCUUGACAUACCCAAGAAGGCCUUACAGAUACUCGCAGACAGACGCCUUCACAUCGCCGCGUCCAUUCACGCGGCGGAGCACGCCAUACUUAGCCUCAUGCCCAACUUCGUCAUCAGUUUGCCCGGCGACGUGCGGACAGAAUGCAAGGUGGCUCUGAAGGAGUUCGCCAAAAAGGAGUCGCAGAGGAAGAGACCCGGACGGCUGACCUUCUAUGACGCCAAGGGAGGGGCCGGUGGAUCCGGGAUCAGUACCAAGGCGUUCGAGCACAUUGAUCACCUCCUCCAGCAGGCUCUCAAGCGGAUCGAGAACUGUCGCUGCGAGAACGGGUGCCGAGAGUGCGUCGCGUCGGAUCAGUGCAAGCAGGCCAACGAAGUGAUGAGCAAGGCAGGCAGCCAGGUCAUUCUCAAGGCUCUUUUGAACCUCGAGAUCGAUAUUGAGGCGUUACCAAUGGGACCUGAGGAGUACAGUCCGGCGGGCAUUGAGACGGUUGUCGUUGCUCAGACUGUGCCAGCGAAGGACCGGAAUAGCCUUGAGUUGGUUGAGAUCAAGGACGAGGAAUUCGAGGAUUGUGGUUCGGUGCUUUUGGAGGAGGCUGAGGCUUGGGAUGGCUAG